GCGCAAACCGUAUCCCUUCAUUCAUCAGGCCGUUUCCUGAAGCCAUUUCUCGACGGCUGAAACGAGAGUUGCGCUACUUUUUAAUCCGUUGCAUCUGCCUAAAUGCAACAUUUUAAAGAAAAAUACUUGACUAAAGUCGAUGAAUCAGACUUUCAUCUUCACUUUGGCCUGAUUAUUUUUGAAACUGUCGCGGCGGAUUAGCAGCCAGACGGGCUCGAAAGUACAGAGACAAGAAAGGGGUUACCCUGAAUACGCAAGAUGAGAAGAGGGAUCUCCUCGGCUCCGGACAAAGUGAUUUUAGCGGGGGUUGGGGGCUCUCCUCUGGACAAUAAUAUCAUAUUAACAACCCUGUCGGAUCGUUUAAACCCCGGACAAUCCAACGCUACGUAUAUCCAAAUAAUAACCGCCUCUCCGCCUUGCAACAUUACACAGACAUCAAAUGUGUGUUUAUCCGAGCCGCAGAUAAACAACAUUUACACAACUCCACAACAAGCUGCAGCAAACGGAACUGGACAACGACCCACUCUGGGGAGACCACCGGCAAAAAGGCGAUUGGCACUCGAUGAUUCAGAUCACCAGUACCAGACAGAACCAGUCAGAACUCCAAGAGGCAGAGGUGGAGCCACAGCGACAAAUGGAGCCCGACUAAAGACACCCAGAACUCCCAAAUCUCCACCAGAAAAGACGCGAUAUGACACCUCACUUGGCCUGUUAACAAAGAAGUUUGUGGACCUUCUUGCUCAGUCUGCUGAUGGUGUUUUAGACCUCAACCUUGCAGCUGAAACCUUACAGGUACAGAAAAGACGGCUAUAUGAUAUCACAAACGUACUAGAGGGCAUUCAUCUCAUCAAGAAGAAGUCGAAGAACAACAUUCAGUGGAUGGGCUGCAGUUUGUUGGAGGUAGAAGGAGCACUGAACCAGAGACAGAGGCUAACGGCAGAGGUUUCUGCACUGGUAGAAGAAGAGCAGAAGCUUGAACAACUUAUUCAGAGGUGCAGCCUGGACGUGAGACACAUGAGCGAGUUGCCAAGCAACCAGAAAUAUGCCUAUGUGACAUACCAAGACAUCAAACAGCUGGGAAACCUCCGAGACCAGACUGUUAUUGUCGUCAAAGCUCCCACAGACACCAAACUAGAAGUACCAGACCCUGAUGAGAGUUUGUCCAUCCAUCUGACCAGCUCCAAAGGUCCAAUAGAAGUCUUGCUGUGCCCAGAUGAGGAAAAUGACCCGAGGAGUCCUGUAAAAAAUGGCGGUACAGACAUCAACGGGAACUCACCUUUCCUAACGGUCCUUCAAGAUCCCAGCUGCAAGACCAACUCUCCUAGUUCCUCUGUGGCUCCACCUCCCUCCUCUUUAGCUGUCUCUGUCACAACGCUCUCCCCCAUCUCGUCCCCUUACACCAGUCUUCUCCAACAGACAGAAGACCAGAUCCCUUCUUCUUUGGGGCCUUUCUUAAACCUUGGACCUCCUCUUCUGGACCAAGAGGACUACCUUUUAGGUUUGGGAGAUGACCAGGGAAUAAGUGAUUUGUUUGAAGCCUAUGACUUUGAUAAAAUGCCCUCCUGCCUGGAUGACCUCCUGUGUAGCUAGCAUUAGCUAACUGGAAUGCAGAUUGUGCCUGUGAGAUGUGGAGAAUCAGAGGGAAUUUGAUGCUUAUGACUGACUGUGUAGUUAGUGGGAGCCAGUUUUGAAUAGAUGGAAAUGGCCCUUUCAGUCCCAGUGGGACUAAAUGACCUGUUCUCUCAGGGUGUGAGAGAGAAAUGGCCUUGAAUGAUUUUCACACACAGAUGUGACUGGUUGAUGUGCAGACAUAAUCCAUUAAUCCUUGUCUCAGGCUUAUGUAAGGCCUCCAGUGUAGCUGAGCAUUGGUGAGCAUCUGGUCUGUCUGACCAACGAUGGGAGGGAAAUUAUCCGCCCACUGUUAGCGAGGGUCAUGUCAGUGAAAAGAGAACAGUUUGAAAAUAUUCACGUUACCUGGCAUUAACAUAUUCUCAGUAAUAUGAGUUAAGCAUAUAUCAUUCAAGAAUAAAUACACCUGAUGUGAUCACCUGAGACCAUCGGUGAAGUUCUCUGCAGGGAAGAAGAAAACUUGACUAAGGAUGCUGCACCUAUGAUGAUUUACAGGGUUGAAAUAAAUCUGUUUUGGCAACAGAUGAUAAAGAUUUACCUGUGUUUUCCCAAUUAUGCAUUUUCUUGUAGGUUUUCUUGUAAUUUCAUCCAGGUAUUCCAUCCUGAAGAUAUGCUAAUGCCAAGUGCUGUGAGGAGAGGGGUUACUAAAGACCUUUUUAGUGAUUGCAUUCUUUUACACCAUGAUCUGUGAUUGAGCUGCUCCCUGUUUUGUAGGCAUUUUCUGUGUUCAAAUGUAGACCAUUUUAGAAACUAAAAUAAAUCUCUUAAGAAAAUGGGGCAGUUUGGGUGCACUUCAUCCAUGACUACAGUUCAUUUACAGUUGUGUUCAGCACGCUGAGGCAUUGGCCACCUAUCCUGUGUGUUGUGUGUGUGUGUGUGCACCCGCUCAGACUCGUAUCAGGAUGUCUGAUUCCAACGUUUGGAAGAAUGUGACUGUUGUGUACAAAUAAGCACUGUGUAGAUUGAUUGAGAGUGGCAUGAAUGUUUUUAUGCCCGUGAGUGAAAAUUCAAGUCAACUGUAAAAUGAUAAUGGAAAAUAGUGAGUGCGCCCUAAAUGCUCUUAAAAUAAACAAGCAGUCUUAUACCCAUUCACCUGAUCAUCCUAUCACCUGCAA